AUGAAGUUUUGCCGAAGGGGCCACGGCUCUGAAAACGAUUACUAUCAAGUCAAACAUGAUCCAUAUGCCUCACAGCUAGAUCUUAUCGGGAUUGCACAAACAGAUAAACUCCCUUCAACAAGCACUUUCGACUCAUUCGAAGCUACAACAAUUCAAGAUCCGCCUUCACAGGCUCAUGGGCAUUCUAAAUUCCGUCAUUUCAGAGAGAAAUGGCGAAUCGGUGCGUUGCUGGCAGCUUCUGUGGCCAUGUUGACGGCAUUGAUCAACCUCAGCGUGGGAGCAUGGGCAACGUCUCUCACAAGAACCAGUAAUCCGAUGUCAAGUGGUAUCCUGGUUGAGAUAUUCCAUGGCGAUUGCAAAAGGGCGUCGACGAUGAAUACAUGGGCUCAUCUAGCUAUCAACGUAAUCAGCACCGGUCUUUUAGCAGGCAGCAACUACUGCAUGCAAGUCUUGGUUGCGCCGAGCAGAACGGACAUUGAUCGCGCUCAUGCGAAGUUCAAGUGGUUGGAUAUUGGCCUUCCCUCAAUCCGCAACCUUAGAUACAUCAAUCCUAGACGCAGAUGGCUCUGGGUACUUCUUGCAGCAUCCUCAUUGCCAUUGCACCUCUUAUUCAAUUCGUCAUUUUUCUCAUCAAUUGCGUCGAUGGACUACCAUGUCAUAUUUGCCACGCCCGGGUUCCUGGAAGGCGAUCGAUUCAACUACACGACCGCUGAUAUGUUUAGCUGGGCCAUGCCGUCAGAUACAGACAUUGCGCGAGUGCAACAGCAAGUGUUGCAAAAUUCUAGCCGAUUUGAGCGACUUGAGAAUGCGCAAUGCAUCAAGACUUAUGCCAAGGACAUAAUUACUGAUCGAAGAUCAGUUAUUGUGAUCACCAGCGAUGUUCCUGCCCCUGAGAAUGGUUCCGUCUUCCUAGCAACGGAGUCCUUCACUGCGUCUCCUGACACGGAAGCCUACCCUUGGAUCUGUCCAAUUUCAGCUUACGCAACCCCCGGGGCACCCCAGACCUAUUCGUACGCAUACAACGGAAGGUGCUCAACCCAAGUCGCGAAAGGUGAAAUUGAUCCUGCGAAUUGGAGGCCAACUAACAUCACUGCCGAGUUCUGUCUCAGUGAAAAGGUUCCCGAGCAAUGUGGGUUCUACGCGAAUGUUGCUAUCAUUUGGAUCGUCGUUGCAUGUAAUAUUGUGAAAGUUUUGAUCAUGGGUUAUAUUGUCCUUUCUCAUGGCCUUGAGAAGCCUCUAUUGACAAUUGGGGAUUCUAUAUCAGCGUUGAUUACCAGACCUGAUCCGAUGACGGAAGAUUUGGGUCCGACAACAAUCUAUGCAGUCAAAGUCCUUGGUCGCAGCAAAAGGUCCAAUCCGACCAAGGCUUGGCGUGCUGAUAAAUCUUCGAGCUGGCAACCCUCGAGUCGUCUCAGGUGGUUCCACGCGGUUUCGAUUUGGCGUUGGUCCUUGACAAUUCUUUAG